GAUCAGCUCUGGAUAGAGCAGCGGUGACGAUGUGCUGACGUGGCCAUCAUCAGCACCACUUUGUGGAAACCCCGUGGGAGAAAGAGAGAGCACGCAGACAGAGAAGAAGAAGAACAAGAAGAAGAAGAGGUGAAGAUCUUUGUCCUGCGGCAUUGCAGUCACAGUCAAUAUCGGAGAAGCGUUCAUUAGAGGCCGAAUGAUGGAAGUUCCAGGCGUGGGACACAUUGUCAGUAGCCCCACAAGCCCGUGUGAGGACAUGAUGAAGAACCUUAGUCUGGAUGCGAUCCAGCUUUGUGAGAUAGAAGGCAAUAAGUCCAUGGACAGCGGCAUCGCAGAGAUGGAGGAACUUCCUGUUCCCCAGAACAUCAAAAUUAGCAACAUCACGUGCGACUCCUUUAAGAUCUGCUGGGACAUGGACUCCAGAGCAAAGGAGCGGAUCACACAUUACUUCAUCGACCUCAACAAGAAAGAAAACAAGAAUGCCAACAAGUUCAAACACAAGGACGUCCCCACUAAGCUGGUAGCAAAAGCAGUUCCCCUGCCAAUGACAGUUCGAGGACACUGGUUCCUUAGUCCACGCACCGAGUACACUGUGGCCGUUCAGACCGCAUCCAAACAGGGUGAUGGAGACUAUGCCGUGUCGGAAUGGAGUGAGAUCAUUGAAUUCUGUACAGCUGAUUAUUCCACUGUUCAUCUCACACAGUUGUUGGAGAAAGCCGAGGUCAUCGCCGGCAGAAUGCUGCGGUUUUCUGUCUUCUACCGAAACCAGCAUAAAGAGUACUUUGACCAUGCAAGGGAGGACAAAAACAACAAGAUGUUGCCGUCAGUGAAGGACAACAGUGGCAGCCAUGGCUCACCCAUUAGUGGGAAGUUAGAGGGCAUCUUCUUCAGCUGUAAUACUGAGUUCAACACAGGCAAACCCCCGCAGGACUCACCGUAUGGCCGCUACCGCUUCCAGCUAGCGGCAGAAGCGCUCUUCAACCCUGAGACAAACCUGUAUUUUGGUGACUUCUACUGCAUGUACACGGCCUAUCACUACGUGGUUCUGGUGAUCGCUCCAAAGGGCUCGCCGGGAGAUGAGUUCUGCAAGCAACGUCUGCCAGCACUGCAAAUCGCCAACAACAGCUUUCUGACCUGCUCAGAGGAUGAAGACGGGCAGCUGGUGUUCCACCACUGCCAGGACAUUAUCCUGGAGGUCAUCUACACUGAUCCCGUGGAUCUGAGCAUGGGAACGGUAGCUGAGAUCAGCGGUCACCAGCUCAUGAGCUUGUCAACAGUCAAUGCCAAGAAGGACCCAAGCUGCAAAACCUGCAACAUCAGUGUGGGACGCUAAACCUGAACUGAA